AUGGCGCAGAACAUGAGUGUCGACGACGCCGCGGGGGAGUCAGGUCUCACCCAGGCUACUGGCGCGCUGCAGCUGGCUGGAGCCCCCGUUCCACCAGGACUUGAUCCGCCAGCCGCUGUUGGAGCUCUCCCCGCCGGUACGGCGCCCAACCAGCCCCCUGCUACGACCCCAACGCCAGCGGAGCUUCCAGCUGACCUCCUGCAAGAGUUGGUCGAGGAGUCCGUCAGCAAGUACAGCGAGCUCGUCAGCGCAGUGUGCGCCACCACGGCAGGGCCGAACCUGAUGAUCACCAGCAGCCGAAUCACGUCGUGGACCUCGCUGCACGAGCUGCUGCUGCACUUGGGUCCAGAGCCGACGCUGCCAGACCGGGACGCGCGCUUCCGCACUGCCCAGCUCCUAUGCUCAGCCUCGCAAUCCCCGGCGUGGAGCGCGGCUGACCGCUCGCAGGCGGCAGCUGCGCUGCAGGCGCUCGCCGGUGGAGUGCGCCAGUGCACCGACCUCAUCCCCGAGAUCAUGAAGGUGCGCCGCCGGCAGCGCGCGCCCGACCUCCCCGUAUGGCGGGAGCUGGGCGCCUCUGCGCUGGGGCUCCUCUGCGCCACGGCGCCGACGGCAGCGGAGCUGGUGUUCACGCAGUGGUCCACGCUCAAGCUCUCCACCGAGGCCGCGGCAGCCGCGCACCCAGGCACGCCUGCGGUCGACGCGUGUCGCCGCGCUGUGGUGUUGGCUGCUAAGGGGGACGAUCGCUUCUGGCUAGAGCUGGGUGGUCGUCCGGCGGUCCUUUGGGCGCCUACGGACUCCUCCGCCCUCGGUAGGCUGCUCAAGUCAUACAUGAAGCGCCCGGUCGCCAACGGCGGCCCGCCCGUCCUGCCGGGCGCCACGCCGGUGUUCCAGGUCGCGGCGGCGCCGGCCUACACGCUGGACUUCCCGGCCGAGGCGUUGCCGCAGGUGCUCCGCAUUCUCGCGGCGGCGGCGAAACGGAUGAGCAUGGAGUGGACCUUCCCCCCGGGCACGCUUGAGCUGCAGAUCGUGCUUCUGUGGCGACGCCUCCGCCGCUCCUCCCUCCCGCCGAGCGCCUUCUUCGGUCCCGUCGGCCUGCGCUCGGAUGCGACGGCGCUCAUCUGGGAGCUGUCUGGGGCGUCGGCGGCGAUGCACGCUUGGGAGCUCAGCGCGAACAUGUCUCGUAUGACGGCGCUGUUGCAGCAAGAUCCCGAGGCCGCCAUAUUGGGCCUCAAGUGGCGCCCUUGCCGGGGUGACCGUCCGUGGGCCCUGCCUGGAGCCACUCAGGACGAGCUGGCCGCUGCCCGCCGGGCCAAGAGAGGCAGGAUUGGGAGGGCCGUCCCUGUCUCCAACAUGACAGACGUGCAGGUGUGCGGAUCUCCAGGGUAUGACGCUCUCGGAGUCUACCGCCAGCUGAUGACGCACAUUGAGCAGGUGGCAUGGAUCCACCUGAGGGAGGCUAUCAGUGAUGCGCCCGCUGGCUGUGGAUACUGGCGCUGGCUGGCGGCAGCGGGCCCAGUGGCGCCGCCAGGGCGUCUUCGCCUCCACCUCAGUUCAGAAGAGGAGGUCACUGCCGUCCGGGAGGCGCACCACGGAAAGACUAUCCAGGUCGGUCUGGACCGCAUCGCCCUGCAGGUCACGAUCGACGCGUAG